UUAUUACUAUGCAUGGAUAGACUGCUUAUAGGGUUUUUUUAAGGAUGCUUUGCUACGGACUAAAAGAGACAACAGUUCAGCUUCUCAUCUUGGGACUACAGUCCCCCCCAUUUUCCCCUGGGGCCAAAGGUCCAAGAACAGAGAUCAUCUUCUUCCUGAAGACAGAGGGCAUCAUUCCCUCCUCAGCUUUUCUCUGUUCUUGCCAUUCCUGUGCUGGUGGUUGCUGAAGCAGGUCUCUUUGGGUCACCACUGCAUCCCCCAAAAUGCAGUCUCAAUUGCAGAAGAAUCUGGUUCAGUCCAUGGCCAACAAGAAAAGUCCAGCCAAAAGCCACUCCAUCAUCUCCUCCCACCUAAAAAUUUCUUCUUCUAACAUCUCAGGUCCCGGACUGUCUCUCUUCCACUAUAAAUAAUUCGAUCAUAUAGCCAAGACAACAUUUUACUGUGUCCUGCUGUCCAGUGCUGAACAGGGUUGAGACAGAGCAGGCAGCUCUGUGUCUGUGUGAAAGUUGCAGGAGCAGCACCAGGAGCAGCAGCAGAGCAGUGCCCGAUGGUUGCCUCGGGGCCUGGCAUUUGACCCUGCACUCGCUGCAGGAGUCCCUGCCUGGUUCCCUGCUGACCAAACCUUCGCACCCAUCUGAGAACCUGGGUUCCCAAGGGGGCCGCCUCGAGUGGUUGCCAGGGACCUGAGGCUGUGGCUGCCCCGAUUUUGGCUGCACGAUGCUGAUGUCAGAGUGGCCAUUGUGACCCGUGCGACCAAGGCCCUAAAAAAGGGAACGCUGGGCUCAGGCCGUGUGUCAGUGCGACCUGGCAACGGGAGGAGAAGGCAGGGCCGGACGCUGCUGCCCAGGGACCAGAGGGACCCCACACCUCGGGAUCUGGGCCUGUGCUGCAGGCUCACCUGCCUCUCCCUGCCCAGAAUCAGCGGAGGAACAACCAGAGCAGACUGCGGUGUUCCUCGACGUGACGACGGGAGGAGAAGGCGGACAGGAGCAGGGCUCACGCAGGGCUGACCAGGGACUGGUGCCCUCGUGGCUCUGGGCCUGUGCUGCAAACUCCCCACACUCUUCUCUCUCCCACAGAGAGAGGACCAGCACCUGGAGGAGACGGUGGCAUUUCAGGACAGGGAGUCACCGCUGACAGCUGCCAUGUCUCACAGCAAGCAGGAGGGCCCUGGUGACAGGGAGCCAGCCUGCAUGCUGUGUCGCCGUGCGGAGGCUGACCGGGACAUCUGCGGUGACAAACUGGAGGACUGCGGGGUCUGUGCCCAUGAGUUCUGCCUGUUCUUUGCCACUCUGCUUUUUCGUCGAGACGACGAUUAUCUUGGAUUCGUGGGAUUUUUUCCUAGAGAUAUCCAAUUUGCAGUUCGGCAGGCGGCACAAAAGCACUGCUGCGUCUGUGGCCAGAGCGGGGCAACCAUCAAGUGUUGCAAGGAGGACUGUGACAGAUGGUUCCACCUGCCCUGUGCCAAGGAGGGCGGCUGUGUCACACAGUAUAUUCCAGAUUACAGCUCCUUCUGCCCUGAGCACAGUCCAGAGCAGGACGUGGAGGCGACUCCAGAGCCGGGCACCGAUUGCCUCAUCUGCAUGGAGCCUGUGGAGGAUAGAAAGACCUUCAGAACCCUGGUGUGCCCAGCGUGCAAAAGGGCCUGGUUCCACAGGGACUGCAUCCAGGGACAGGCCAUGUGCGCUGGUGCUUUAGCCUUCCAGUGCCCCCUGUGCAGAGACAAGGCGGCAUUCACAGUUGAAAUGUUCACCAUGGGGAUCCGAAUUCCCUUCAGAGACCCAGCAUGGGAGGACAACUAUGCCUUUGCGGAUCUAGGAGAGAGGCACAGCAGGUGCACUGCCAGGGAUUGCCUUUACCCGGGAGGCAGGGAGGACGCAGAGGAAGAGGGGCCCUGGGAGCUGCUCCUGUGCUCCUCCUGCGCUGCUGAGGGCACCCACAGGCGCUGCUCUGGCCUGACAAACCGCAUAGAGAGCUGGGAGUGUGACAGCUGUGCUGGUGUCGGAACGGCUUCCAGGGUUGAGUUAGAGCUCAGUGGCCCCAGGCUGACCAGACAGUCAGGACUGGAGCCUGCUGAUGGCUCCUCAGCACCUGAGGCCAUCAGCCCCAGCUCCAGCACCCUGGUGCCAUCGGGGCUGGAUCCCCAGUCUCCAUCUGCGGAGCCCAGCAGCAGCCACCAGCACACAGUAUGGCUGCGGUCUCUGCUGUCUUCUUCACUGGACAACAGCAACCCCAGCACAUCAAGCUCAACGUACAGCACCUCGUCUGACCCUGAGGACAGGGUCCAUUCCAGACGUGCUGGGCCCGGCUGCAGGCCAACCCGCUCUCGCCAGCAAGGUCGGGCCCCAGAUGGACCUGUCCGAUCGAGGAGUCCCUGUGACAGGAGCAGCAGGACAACCACAAGGACUGAGAGGCCCAGGCCAAGGGAGACACCUUCACAGGCAUCCCCGGGAUGCAGCCGCGCCCGCCAGCAAGGUCAGGCCCAGAGUCCGCCUGUCCGGUCCAGGAGUCCCUGUGACAGGAGCAGCUGGACAAGACCAAGGACUGAGAGGCCCAGGCCAAGGGAGACGUCGUCAGGGACAUCCCCCGGACGCAGCAGCUCCCACCAGCAAGGUCAGGAGCCACAGGACAACAUCAAGCGCUGA